GGCGCUAGGCAGCCAGGCAGCUACAAGUACGUAUCGGUCAAGCAGCGAGCUACUUGUGAGUUACGAGCUGCUUGCUAUUAGUUAUGUCUGCCGGGGAGGCAGUUGGGCAGCGAAGCAGCGAAGCAGCGGCCUGUACGGAGUAUAGCCAGACAUCUACAUGACCGCAAUACAUACAGUCCCAUCCCAGCUAUCAUAUAGCCAUCAACUAGUUAUUAUUAUUAACAAAGUAGUACUUAUAUAGUCAAGUAGCCAGCUCGUCGUAGUGAAAAGCUUAGCCGGCGUCCAGGACAAAUGACCGUCCGCCGGUCAUGCCUCACUUCCCACAGACACAAACACGGCCAUCCUCCUUAAAAGAAGGCGACGGGAUGGACACCGGUUGAGGCCAGCGGAAUACACAGCUCUUCUUCCUCCGUCUCUUUCGCCUCAGUACAGACGGCAGUAGGCCUGUUCUUGCCCGCUCGCCGCCUGCCCGCCAUGUCGUCCCAGGUCGUGCGGUUCCUGCGUGCAGUCUCCAGGCUUCUGGGAUGGAUAUAGUAUGCUCGCCCUUCCCUUACUCCCCUCCCCCACCGCUACCGGCCGUCAGCCUCACAGGCAGACAUCCCGAAGCUGGCCCUGGAAUCACAUAGCUAAAAGAAGCCGAAAAAAAAUUACAUAGCAUGCUCUGCUGGUCUCUCUCGUUCUAUCCGCAGCCGAUCAAGAACUGGCAACGUCGCUCCACCUCGGGCUCGACCAUCUCGUUCCCGACCUCAAACGUGCUCGGCUUCAUCUGCUACGCCGUCUACACGUCGACCUUUUACUUCUCACCCGUCAUACGGCACCAGUAUGCCGUCCGUCAUCCAGAGGCGCCGGAGCCCACCGUGCGAGCCAACGACGUUGCGUUCGCCUUCCAUGCAGUCCUGCUGAGCGUGUUGACUUAUUCCCAAUUCUACCCGAUGAUAUGGGGAUUCAAAGCAUCGGCGCACCAGAACGUUAGCGCCCCUGUGGCCGGGAUGGUAGUAGGAUGCGUGCUGUGCAUAGUCGGCGUCUUCCUCCUGGCGUGGUCGAAGGGCGGUAAUGAUGCUUCCGAUUGGGCCUGGAUAGAUGGUAUCUAUACCAUGUCAUAUGUCAAGUUACUUGCAACGGUAGUCAAGUACUGUCCCCAGGUGUACUUGAACUACCGGUUAAAGUCAACGGUGGGAUGGAGCAUAUGGCAGAUCCUUCUUGAUCUGAUAGGCGGCAUCCUCUCCCUGAUACAGCUGGUCAUUGACUCCUCGCUUGAAAACGACUGGAGCGGUAUCACAGGCAACCCGGCGAAAUUCGGUUUAAGUAACGUGAGCAUCUUCUUCGACUUUGUCUUCAUUGCUCAGCAUUACAUCCUUUACCGGAAUAGCAAUGGGUCAAAGGAAAGCGAUAGUGAGGAUGAAGAUGUUGAGAGUCAAGAUCCUGCUCGACAACCACUACUUGGGCAAAGAGCCUAGCUGUUGAAAGUAGUAGUACAAUAGUACACUAUUCCCCUCUUCUUUUCUUUUGGAUAGAUAACUGGGCAGGAUGAUGCUGGCUGGUUUGAACUACUUUAGGAACACGGAAGGGCGCGCGCCAGCUGGUUUUGGGUAUUUUCUUGAGCCAUCCUCGCUUUCUCCUCGCUUGAUGUAUUAUUUGUGUGUUCACCUUGCUUUAUUGCAUUUUUUAU